CCGGGACUUCACUUUCCCUGGGAGUGGAGAAGAGGAGGAGCGCGAACUGCGCAGGCGUCUCUCGCACCUUGUUGAUUAGUCAGUCUGCUGUGCUGGGAUGGCGUUUACUGGGUCAACUGGAGCUAUCAGCGAAAGAGUCAGCGGGAGCGACAGCAGCCUCCUUUGCAACCCACGCCGCCGCUGGCGGAGCAGGAGCGGUCGGUGGCAAGUCACCUUGCCUUUGAGCCAAGCCCAGCAUGGCCUGGGGAGGCGGCAGCGGCAACACUAGAGGCUGAGGGAAGCGCGCUCCGCUCGGGAGCCUGCAGCUCUCCCCAAGACUUCGCCGCUGCUCGACUCUUCCGACCGAAAGAAGGCGGGAAGAUGGAUGCGGCCCCCUCGCCGGGCUUCAGUCUGAAGGAUGUGAAAUGGAGCUCCGUGUCCAUCCCCUUGGACCUUCUGGUUAGCACUUACCGCUUGCCCCAGGUCGUCAAGCUGGAUGGCGGUGAACCUAUAGAAGGUCUUCGAGAGAGUGAUUACCUUUUGAUUCAUUCAUGCCGACAGUGGACAACUAUUACAGCUCAUAGUCUAGAGGAGGGCCAUUAUGUCAUAGGGCCGAAGAUAGAAAUCCCUGUGCAUUAUGCCGGGCAGUUUAAGCUGCUGGAACAAGACCGUGAUAUUAAGGAGCCAGUGCAGUAUUUUAACAGUGUGGAGGAGGUGGCUAAAGCAUUUCCUGAACGAGUUUACGUCAUGGAGGAAAUAACAUUCAACGUUAAGGUGGCUUCAGGUGAAUGCAAUGAAGAUACAGAAGUUUAUAAUAUUACCCUUUGCACAGGAGAUGAGCUCACGUUAAUGGGGCAAGCGGAAAUCCUAUAUGCAAAAUCUUCUAAGGAAAAGUCACGGCUCAAUACCAUCUUCAAGAAAAUUGGAAAACUCAAUUCUAUUAGCAAAUUGGGCAAAGGCAAAAUGCCUUGCCUGAUUUGCAUGAACCAUAGGACCAAUGAGAGCAUUAGCCUACCUUUCCAGUGUAAAGGGAGAUUCAGUACACGUAGUCCCUUAGAGCUGCAAAUGCAGGAAGGUGAGCAUACCAUUCGUAACAUCGUUGAGAAGACACGGCUCCCAGUGAAUGUGAAUGUGCCAAGCCCUCCCCCACGGAAUCCUUAUGACUUGCAUUUUGUCCGUGAAGGGCACCGUUACAAAUUUGUUAAUAUUCAAACCAAGACGGUUGUGGUUUGCUGCGCACUGCAUAGUAAUAAAAUUAUUCCAAUGCACUUUCCUUUGCAUUUGGCUCUUCCAAAGUUUACCCUUCCAGAAAGUCUUGUGAAAGGAGAGGCAUGGCAUGAAGCCUUUGUGAAGCACUGGUUCAGCCUCUGUCAAGAGCAGUUUGAUAUUGAUGAAUAUUCUCGUGCUGUAAGAGAUGUAAAAGCUGACUGGAAUGAAGACUGCAAAAGCCCACAAAAAAGUCGACCCACCAGCCACAAUCAUGUGCCAAACUCCCUCAGUUAUGCUCGGGACGAGUUGACCCAGUCUUUCCACCGUCUUUCAGUGUGUGUGUAUGGAAACAACCUCCAUGGAAAUAGUGAGGUGAACCUUCAUGAUUGCAGGGACUUGUGUAAUGAGUGGGCUUUAUCCUCUCAUGAUGCUUUGCAAGAUUCUGGGGAUGGGAGCAGCAGCUACCUUUUCCCUGAAAUCAGUGAAGAAACAUUCUGUUUACCUCCUAAACUGGAACUUCCAUAUGAAGAACUAUGGUUGGACAAAGGGGGUGGGAAAGGGAAUGAUCAGCCUCUUACUCGCUCACAGAGUGAAAAGAACAAAUGUGACAGCUACAGGCGUUCUUUCCGGUCCAAGGGUGGGACGUCUUCUCUGCCAGCACCUGGGCCUGUAAUAGCAACAGCAAAAUCCUCAGAUGUUUCCCUACCUCCACCACCGGUGCCUCCUAAAUCAGAAGCGGUCAGAGAGGAAUGUAGACUCCUGAAUGCUCCUCCUGUCCCACCACGCAAUUCAAAGCCAACAUCCACUAGCCCUUCUAUUCCUCCACGGAUGAGCAAAUCAGUGCGGCAGCAAACUCGUUCUCCUAGUCCAACUCUUUCAUACUAUUCAUCAGGACUGCACAAAAUUGCUACAGAAGGAGAUGCUGAGAACUCUUCUGAGAUUAUUCCUGCUGCUUGCUAUCCAUGUGGUACGGUGAAAACUGACCUGCAAGAGCUUGGCAACAAAUUGCCUUUGGGAAGCCCUUCUGCUGAUGCUUUGUCCUCUAGACUAUCAUGGCCAAAUCAUUUUUCUGGAGCUGUUGAAGGCCUUAAUAGGAGUGAGUUUCUGUUGGAUCCAAGCAGAAGUUAUAGCUAUCCAAGACAGAAGACUCCCAGUACACCAAAGAGAAGCUGCCCAGCACCUUUUACAUUUGAUUUUGAGAGAAGUGAAGUCUCUGCAGGGGAUGUACUGCCAGCUACAACUGAACUAGAAUGCACAGUGCCCAGUUGCCCAAAGUCAGCAAGUUACUCUCUUGAGUAUACUGAUGAAAAAAAAUUGGCAAUAAGUGACACAUUGCAGUCAGUUUCAUGUCCUGCCUUACCCCCUCGUGCACCAAAGAUGGUGGAGGACAAGCCAAGCCUUGACUUGUGUCCUGUGUCUCUCAGAAUAGAUGGUGCUGAGGAAGAUCCUCAUAGGAGCUCUCCAGACCUUUCUGAAGACCAGCAUCUGGGUAAAAAAGGCAUGCAAGACAUCUUCUCAGUUUCUUACCCUUUCUCGUCACCCCUUCAUCUUCAGCUAGUACCAAGAUCUUGUGGUGACGGUUCACCUUGGCAGCCACCUGUAGAUCUGUCUGGGCUUUCCAUUGAGGAAGUAUCUAAGUCUCUGCGAUUUAUAGGCUUAUCUGAGGAUGUCAUAACACUUUUUGUCACUGAAAAAAUUGAUGGCAACUUGCUUGUCCAGCUCAAUGAAGAGAUCCUUUCUGAGGACUUCAAACUCAGCAAACUACAAGUUAAAAAAAUACUGCAGUUUAUUAAUGGCUGGAGACCUAAAAUGUAGUGCUGACUAGUUCAACAAAAUGUAGAAGUAUUCUAGAAGCCCUGAAACUAACUCACAAUCUACCAUUUUUAAUUUUUUAUUGCACUAAGUCCUUCCUUCCCUCCCUCCCUCCUGUAAAUAGUAGGAGAAAUACAGUUAUUACUAUGCAGAUAAUUUUGAGUGUUGAGCAGACACUUUUGUACAUAAUAGAAGGAUAAAGGUGUGCCUUUUGCAUCCCUGAACAUUCACAGCUGCUAAAUAGUGGACAUUAAAGGGAAUUAAUUUGUUCUCAUGUAGUCUAGUGAGACAUAUUUAUUACUAUGGAUUAGCAAAACUGGUGCACAAAUCAGUUUAAUUUUUUUUCAUUUCCCUGUAAUCUUUUUUUUCCUCUUGGGUUUUUAUUUUUAUUCUGAUAGUUACAGACUUUGCCUUCUGUUUUUAUAUGUGUAAUGGCAAGUGUCAAAUACUCCACUUUUGCACAUUGUUCUGACUAUAGAAAGAUUCAUUUUAUAAGAUUCUUGGGUUGUAAUGAAUAAUGGAUCCAUAUCCUGAUACAAAAAAAUCAAGAACUGCCACAGUCUAGGCAGAUAGAUUCUUGCACCCAGUAUUUUUUUUUUUUUUUUUUGCAUAGCAUAACAUUAAUAAAAAGAAAGGGUAAAGAUUGUCGAUGUCUAGUAGGGGCAAUGGAUUAAAUACGUGCUAUUUUUAAUAAUUUGAAAAGAAACAACUCUGUGUGUACAGAGAACAGCAAAUAAUUCCAUGUAAAAGUUUUUGCAACGACUUUGCAAACUAUUAAAAUGCUUAUAUGUAUUCUGAGCAAAUGUUGAUUAUUCCAAUUUGGAAUAAUUGGUAAAGAUCAGCACCUCCAUUGUUUAUGUGUAAAGUGCAUCCAAAAUAAGAGUGAUCUGUCUUCAGUUGUAACUUCAGUUGAACAGGUGAGAAACUGGUACAGCGAUUCAGUGGUUCCUUCCUGAUAAUUCACAUUCUUCUUGUUUUCUUAAUUUUCUUAAAAAUGCAUACAGUUAAGGAAGAACAAAACCUGACCUAUUAAUCUAAAUUAAAAGAAACCACAUUCCAAAAACUAAACCUGUCUAAUCAAAAUGAAACUGAAUAAAUAAUUUUCUUAAAGCAAUUUUUUUCACUUAGAAGGAGAAUAAUAAACCUCUUAAUAAAUUAUGUAUGUAUAUUAUAAAUUUCUCAUAUCUGACAUACAUUUGAUUAUUGAAGUGGGAGUGGGGUGUUAAUGAAUUUACUCCUUAGCCUGUUUUGACUAUAACAGACUUAAGAAUGGGCAAACUUUAGGCUUAAGGAAUUUAUUUUAGAGAAAAUCUGAGACCCAGCAUUGCUGGGUACAUUUAUACUAAAUAUAUCAUAAUACUGUGCUUCUGAGCACAUGUUUAGCUCACAGGUUUUUUCCUCUCCAAGUAUUCUUUCUCAGGAACCCCUUAUAGUAGAGGGCAGAAGAAAUUAUUAAAAAAUUGGAAACCAGAAACCCGAAACCCUUACCAAUAAAUGGUGAUUUAACCAAA